UAUAAAAGCAGGAGAACGGAUACAGCAGACAGCAGAGUUCAGAACAAAGCACCGAGUAACAGAAAAAAGGAUAGAACCCUAGCGUGCGCUAUAAUUCUCUCCACUUAGUGUCAAUUUCUUUCUUUGAGCUUCUUAUAUCAUCGAUGGCUUCAAAACGGAUUCAAAAGGAGCUGAAGGAUCUGCAAAAAGAUCCUCCCACCUCUUGCAGUGCUGGUCCUGUGGCAGAAAACAUGUUCCACUGGCAGGCAACAAUCAUGGGUCCAUCAGACAGUCCUUUUGCUGGUGGUGUUUUUCUAGUAACCAUUCAUUUUCCACCAGAUUACCCGUUCAAGCCGCCAAAGGUUUCUUUCCGCACCAAAGUUUUCCAUCCCAACAUCAACAGUAAUGGGAGUAUCUGCCUUGACAUUCUGAAAGAGCAAUGGAGCCCUGCCCUUACAAUAUCCAAAGUGCUGCUGUCAAUUUGCUCUCUGCUAACAGAUCCAAACCCAGACGAUCCUCUCGUUCCUGAGAUCGCACACAUGUACAAGACUGAUAGAGCAAAGUAUGAGGCAACUGCCCGUUCCUGGACCCAGAAAUAUGCCAUGGGAUAGGAGCUUUGGAUUCUGCAUAUAUAUAUAUAAUAUGGUGGUCUAUCCCACUAUUAAAUAAGUAAACGAAAACGAUAGUCUAUAAAGGUUAGAGCAUAUGUGAAUCAACUUGUGUUCUUGGAAUCUGGUAAUCAUUCUAUGUUACUGGAUCCUAAGUAGGUUUUACUUACUCUGCUUUUCUUUAUGUGGGUAAAGAUCCACAAAGCUUUACAUGUCAUAGUAUAGCUUGUUGCAGCUUUAAGGUUACUUACAUUCUAUCAAAAUAAGUAGCAUACUGCUAUUAUACCCA